CCUCACUGCUUGUGGGGUGGUAUUGUGUUUGGGUGUGUGAGGCGAUGAUUGUUUACAUCAGUUUAUGCUCAGCACGACCUCAGUCUCAGUAGUAAACGGAACCGGUAUCGUUUGUAACUGUCGUCGAAAUUGUUCCGCGAUAUCUCUUGAUUCUGUGAUAUUCAAAUAGCCAUGAAGUUCCGCGCGGUGAUAACGGAUACCCUGUGCAUGCGCGAGUUGCUGGACAUCGUGACGACCUUCUCGCGCAUCAGUCGAAACAUUGCCAUCAACAUCCAACCGAAAAAGGUGAUAAUUCAAAUCGAGGGCGAUGUGGAAGCCGGCCAGUGCCUGUGGUGUGAAAUCGAUGCCACGGAUCGGAGUGGAUUCUUCAGCGAAUUCGUCAUGGACGGAGUGGACGAGCAGCACAACCAGAUCUACCUCAUGGCUGCGGCGUCAAAUCUGGUCCAGGCUUUAUCCUACACUCGGAACAACUCCAUGGAUUACGUCAAGAUGAAGCUAGUGAAAACGGAUGUGGCCUGUUUGGCGGUGGAAAUGAGCGGAAUUGUGCACAACGAGAGCGACGUCAUGAAUCCCAAGGUGCAGCACCAGAUCCCGGUCACGGUGGUGCCUCGCAGCGAGUGGAGCAAUUUUGAUUUACCCCUGGAUAUGGUCUACGAUCUGACCGUUAUGCUGCCAUCCGUUAAAUCCUUAAAGGGGCUCAUGGACAAAAAGAAGAAUAUGUCCCCAUCGGUGACGAUCUACGCAACGCUGGCUGGUGAGCUGUCGCUGGUGGUGGAAACGGACAUCGUUACGGUGGCCAGCCAUUUUAAGGGUCUACAGUGCGCCAGAGGUAAACCACCAAAUACAGAUGGCCAAACAACGGUUGACCCUGAGGAGGAACAAACGCUGGAAGCAUCCUGUAAAGUGGACGCGAAGAAGUUGUCCACGCUGCUGGAGAGUGUCGACUUUUGCGAGUCGAAAAUGAUUGCCAACAUUAAGAACGAACAUCUGCUCAAGAUCAAGUUUGAACUGCGGGAAAAGGUGUUCAUGAACUUCAUACUGCCGGCCGUGGAUUUCGAAUGAGAUUAAUAAAACGAAACGCUAGAUCUGCAAUGCAGAUUGUUUUUAAUGAAUCAUAUCAUUUUUAUUUUAACUAUGAAAAGCGACUAAUGUGAAGGGUUCCUUCUGUUCGUCCGUCCCUAAUCUUUCCAACUGCCGCGUGGUUUCCGGAACCCAUUGUAGUGUUCCGGAUGGCGACGCCUUUGCUUUGAUGCAACCUGUUACGAUGGAAUGCCCCUAUUAUUUCUUGCUGAAUUUUGAUGAAUGAGAAUGUUAUUUGUUAGCCUGUUGCUCUCUGUUCUGCGUUCGCUUCGCUUCUAGUUCCUUUCUAGUGGUAUCAAUCAUAGGGAUUUCGUUUUGUUUUAGCGAUAGGGUUUAGUUUAUUAUUUUAAAAUUUUCAUAUUUUUCCUAUAGAUUCCUUUUGUGUGUAAAGUUAUGUUUAAAGUGUUGUUGAGUCCGAAUAUUUUCUAAAAUAAGGUUUGUUAUUCUUGAAAUUUCACAAGGACUGUUUCACGCUCCUAUAGGGAUUGAGUAGUAAGGGGGAAUGAUUGUGAUGCUUUCCUCUUAUGUUUGUUCUAUAUCUGAGCUCUUUUUUCGAACUUUUUGUUUUAUUGAAGGAAACUACUGAAGUUGUACCACUGUUACUCUAGUAAAUAAAGCAAGACUUAACUAAGCCCCUUCAACUUAUUGCAUUUCAUUGAAGUGUAUUGCGAACUG